GUAGAACCAUUCCACUUAGAAAUUUUGCGUCGUGAAGUUAAAAGUUUAAAAUAUGAAAACUUUAGCAUUGCAGUGAUGUACUGUAGAGUAGCAGGUGUUAAACCAGUUCUGUCGUGCAAUUUCUUCGUGUGAAUGUCGACAAUGGCGGAAUCGACUCCUUCAAGUUCUUUGGAAGGCAAUGAAUUGAAUGAAAUGAGCGAACGUGCCCAGCCAGUUCGUGUUACGUUUGAUGAUGUGUCAACAGCUCAGUCAAGAAUCCAAGAUAGCGUGCCUCAAACUCCUUGCGAGUACUCCAAAAUAUCUGAUGCACUGGGCAUGAAAGUUUAUUUCAAAAAAGAUUACCUUUUACCCACUGGAAGUUUUAAGGAAAGAGGAGCAAGAAAUGCACUAGAAAUGCUAUCUGAUGAUCAAAAGAGAAAAGGGGUGAUAGCUGCCUCAGAUGGAAACCACGCCUUUGCUUUAUCAUACCACGGGCAACAACUAGGCAUUCCUGUCACGGUUGUCAUGCCAAUGAAUGCACCAAUUAACAAAAUAGCAUCGUGUAAAGAAUAUGGCGCCACUGUACACGAGCUAGGGACCGAUCUCAUUGAGUCAGAAAACAUCGCCCUGAAAAUAGCUGCGACAAAAGAAUUGCAAUACAUCAACAGAUGCGACGAUCCCAGCAUUAUUGCAGGAGCCGGAACAAUGGGUCUGGAGAUUAUGCAACAAAUAAAGGAUGCUGAUGCUGUCAUUAUUCCUGUUGGUGGUGGCGGGUUGAUUGCAGGUGUUGCCGUUGCAGUGAAGGAGCUACGUCCAGAAACCCUUGUUAUCGGUGUCGAAUCAGAGCAAUGUCCAAGUUUUACUGCAGCAAAAAAUAAGGGUGAACUAGUAAAGAUAGAUGAAAAUAAGGAGAUAACAUUGGCUGAUGGUUUAUGCGUUUCAAAAGUUGGCAUAAAUGCUUUUCAUACAGCAGAACCUCUUAUUGAUAGAAUGAUCACAGUACAUGAAGAUUACAUCGCACUAGCUGUACUACGAUUGCUCGAGGAAGAUAAAAUUACAAUUGAAGGUGCUGGUGCAGUUGGUCUUGCUGUCUGCCUUACAGAACAAGUGCCCGAACUAAAAGAAAAAAAGGUUGUCAUUGCUCUUUGUGGUAGAAACAUUGAUUCAAUUGUGUUGGGAAGGUGUUUGGAUCGUGGCCUGGCCGCUGAUGGUCGUUUGGUGCGUUUCGUGGUCACAGUAAGUGACAGACCUGGAGCUAUAGCUGGUGUUACUCAACUGGUGGCCAAUGUUGGAGCAGACGUUAAAGAUAUUUUCUACGAAAGAGCUUGGUUGUUUUCAAGUGUAUUCAGCGUCCAGAUUAAGAUUGUUGCCAGGGUGCGAGACCGUAAUCAUGGAAAAAAACUCAAGGAAGCUUUGAUUUUAGACUACAGCGACGAAGCAGUGAUUUGGCCUUCUUUCGAUAACGAUAAGAAUGAUGAUGAUGUUGACAUCGAUGCCAAGCCUUCUAGAAAAAGGCCAAAUAACUGCAAUAUUGUAGAUUCUGAAAAAACGGAAUGUUUGGUAUUUGGAUUAGAUAAGGAAGAUAAUGAACUUGACAACCUUGCCAAGCUUUCUAGAAAAAGGCCAAAAUUGCAGUCGCAAGAGUGGAAAUUCAUAGGUGAAUCAGCAAAACAUAAAGAAAUGUUUUCAAAAAUGACCGAAUUUUGGUCGAAUCCCGGAGAAUUCGGUAAAGUUGUGGGAGAUGUACGUGUGAUUUUCUUAAACGAAUUUUGCCUUGGCAGAGGAAGCGAUGGAAGCCGUGUUUUUCUGGGACUGAAAAAGGAUGGUUACGGCAAGGCAGUGAAACGAAUAUUUCGAGAUAACUGCAUUGAUUUUGCUCAUAAAGAAAAAGCAAUUUUAAGUAAAUUCAACGCAAAGCAGUCGAAAUAUGUUGUCAAUUAUUACUCCUUGGAAGAGGAUACUGAAACUGAAUAUGUGUAUCUUAUAUUAGACUUAUGUGAAGACUCCCUAAAGAAUUUUGUCAAAUCGUCUACUUUGCAAGAUUUAAAAAAAGCUCUUCCAAAAAUUCUUAAAAACAUUUUGAAAGGAUUAGCUGAUCUUCACAGUGGACAAGAAGCUAUUCUUCAUCGAGAUUUGAAGCCAUCCAAUGUUCUCCUAGACUCACAAGGCAACUUUCUUAUAGCAGACUUUGGCAUUAGUGAAAUUUUGAAGAAUGAAACAAACACAUAUGAAAGCAAGGCUAACAGGGGAACCGAGUAUUGGAUAGCUCCUGAAUCAUAUUGUGAGGUUGAAGAUUCAAUUGAUAAAGGACGGUACAAAAAAGAAUCUGACGUAUAUAAUGCUGGACUGGUGGCUUAUUAUGUUGCAACAAAAGGGAAACAUCCUUUUGGAACUAAACGACAUAGAUUGGAUAACAUGUUAAUUGGAAACCCUGUUGGCUUGGACGAAAUCAAGGAUGAGACACUUAAAGAUCUUCUUUCUUGGAUGUUAAAUCUAAAACCUGAAGAUCGGCCAUCUGCCAGAGAGGCGUUAAAACAUCCAUUUCUUAUGUCAGAUGACGAGAAAUUUGACUUGUUAUGUAAAGUUGGUAACCAAUUGCCUACUACGACAAAUCAUACCCAGUCAAGUGUCGCUAAACAAUUGAAGAGCCAAACUUUAAAUUGGAAAAGUAAAUUAGGUCGUGAUGUAUAUGACUUUUUAAGAACGGAUGAGGUGCAUGGAAAAAUGCAUAAGUAUAGAUCUUCAUGGACACAAUGCUUAAGACUUAUUCGAAAUAUUGGUCAACAUUGGAAUGAACGAUCAAAGCAAAGACCUCAACCAGAACUAUUUUAUAAGAUUGGAAAUCACAAGAAAUACAUUCUCGAAACAUUCUCCAAUCUCCCUGUUCGUGUCCAUGUUGCUGUCAGGUCAAACGACGAAUUGAAAAAUUGUCCAGAAAUAAAAAAGAUUUUACGUUACAGCUCUUAAACUGCAAAAACAUUUUUUUGAAAAGGCAAAUGGCCAGUACAAAAUCAUAGUUUUUAAAAUCUUCUUUUGCAUGAAUGCAAAAUAAUUGUUUUCUGAUAAUGCAUAAAAACGUUCUUGGUGAAUUUAAUGUAUGUUACGUAAUUAUUAAUACUUUAUUCGUAAAUAUUAUUUAGCGUAAAUAUUAUUGAUACUUAAUCUUUAAUUCGUAAAUAUUCUUUAGGGUAAGACUAAAGAUAUUUACUUUUGAAUUUUGCAUGUUUAAGAUAUAAAGAUGUAAUAUACCUUCACCCAAUAUAAAAACUGUCAUAGCAACGAAGAUAAUAAUCACAACUUAUUACAUCAUUUUGUAGCACAUUAAUUACGGUUUUGUAACAACUAAACUCAUUCAAUUAAAUAAAACUGAUACGUUGCCUUUUGCUGUAAUUUUGAAGCUGCUCUCUCGGAUGGAAACUAAUCUACGAUAAGCUCGUUUCAACUUAUUAACAUAUGUACAUCUUUUUUAUUUAGACUGUUUUUAAUUGCGCUUGUCACUUUCUUAAUAGAAAUAAUUCUGUGCUAAAUCAUUUGAUUGAGAAAAUAUCGACUGGGCUGCAACCUGAAAUAGCUUAUGUGAAAAUUGAAUGCUGUAAUUUUUAAAAAUAAAAAUUUAAUUAGCCAA